GUCAUGGCGACCACCACCGGCGUCUCUGCGGCUUCAGUCUGGAGGAGCUGAGCGGAGCACCAAGAGCGAGGAAGAGUCCCAGAGGUCCACAAGGAGAGAGUGGCUGUGUCCCAUGUUGUUUUGGCUCUGACUAUGUGGCUCUUGGUGGUGGGCACAGUUUCUUGUUUAAUUGUGCUUUCAUCUGAAGUGACUGAGGACCACAGCCACAUACAAGAAGCACAGCUGGACUACAGCAGGAUUUCCCUGCCACCAGAGCACAUACCGUACUUCCUCAACAACAACAAGAGGGUCACCAAGAUAUGCCGCAAGGACGCACUUUGUCCUUUUAAAGAAGCUCUGGAGGACCAAUCAGCAUGUUGGGGUUAUGAAAAGAACUGUGAUCCAAAGAAGAGCUUUGGUUAUCCUGUUUGCACUAAAGUCGACACAGGAUGGGCACGUACACUGGAAGCAGCCCAGGAAGUUUUCUGGAAGCAGGCUGAUUUUGGUUAUGUGAAGGAGCGCCUCUCUGAGCUCAAAGUAUUGUGCAAGCCCACCAAGCCUGGAGAUUCCACAUUGAAAUGCAGCAGCCACACUCGAUUCUGUAAGGCAACAAACCUUUAUUUGGACUUGCGGAACCCUCGGCGAGGCCAUGAGAGAUACAAGGAUGAUUUCAUUCAAAGGGGUGAGAUUGGUGGCAGCUGUCGUCUGAACAAGCGUGCACUAGCUUCUGCCGGAGAGCAUAAGAGCCCUUUACAAUCCUGGUAUGCUGAACUACAGACCUACACAGAGUUAAACUUUCAACCCACUGAUGCCCAACAUUGUGACCUGAUAAUAGACAAGCCUACUAUCUUCAUGAAACUGGAUGCAGGUGUGAACAUGUACCAUCACUUCUGCGACUUUGUGAACCUGUACAUUUCACAACACAUCAACAACUCCUUCAGCACAGACAUCAACAUCGUUAUGUGGGACACGAGUAACUAUGGUUAUGGGGAUCUUUUUAGUGAAACAUGGCAGGCCUUCACAGACUUUGAUAUCAUCCACCUGAAGACCUAUGACUCUAAACAAGUUUGCUUUAAAGAUGCUGUCUUUUCCCUCCUUCCGAGAAUGCGAUAUGGCCUUUUUUACAACACUCCUCUAAUUUCCGACUGCUCCAGUGAAGGGCUGUUCAGGGCAUUCUCACAACAUGUCCUCCACCGACUGCACAUUGCUCAGGCUGGACCAAAGAAGGGGACAGUUCGGGUCACCCUGCUGGCACGUAGCACGGAGCACAGAAGGAUUUUAAACCAAGUUGAGCUGGUAAAUGCCCUGAAGACGGUGCCAUUACUGGAGGUCAAUGUGGUUGACUACAAAUACAAGGAUGUUCCUUUCCUGGAGCAACUGAGGAUCACCCACAACUCUGACGUGUUCAUCGGGAUGCAUGGGGCAGGUCUCACACACCUGCUCUUCCUCCCAGACUGGGCGGUCAUAUUUGAGCUAUAUAAUUGUGAGGAUGAGAGCUGCUAUCGGGAUUUGGCGCGUCUGCGGGGCAUCCGAUACGUGACUUGGCAGAAAAUGGGCAAAGUGUUCCCCCAGGACAAGGGGCACCACCCGACUCUGGGAGACCAUCCAAAGUUUACAAACUACACUUUUGAUGUGGAGGAGUUUAUGCGCAUCGUGUUGGAGGCAGUGGAUUAUGUCACUGAACACCCCAAAUGGAAACAUCCCACACUACACGAUGAACUAUGAGGGAGAGUCUACUGUUCUGCUCUGGAGGCUCAUAGGAGUUUGAAUGAAAUGGAUACCUCAGCUCUUACCAGCAACUUGACACUAGAUUACAAUUUAUGUAUUUUGUUUUAUCCCAAAGGAGUGAAGGAAAUUAAGGGACUACUCCAAUUUAUGUCCACAAGCCACGCAUACUUCACACUGUACUUCUUCCCAUGAGGACAGUAUUAGCCAAAAUGCAGUAGCCACAAGAUUGCUGCAUAUUUGACACCUUGUCGUAUUUUAUCAGUGUUAGUGCCUCUUUAAGCCCAUGUAGAGGAACAGACUUAUCUAAACAUUGACAUACCAGUUACACAGCUAAUAGAAAUGAAGCAGCCUACGUUCCCAAUUACUUCAGUAUGACAUAAGCAAUUGAGUUAUACAUAUUCAUACUGUCCAUCACCUGCACAUUUGCCACUGACUGGAUCAUUUGUCCAGAUUUUUUUAUACAAAUAUUUUUAAACUGGAACACAGGUAAGAAUAUAAUGAUUUGUCAAAUAUGUCUGAAUGUUUACUCAAAAAGAUCUAUUUUGGCUAUCAAGAUAAAGCACUAAUAACAAGCUAAACCAGCGCUGCUACACUACACCAAACCAGUGUUUUUUGUAAAGCUAGUGUCUUGAACAUUUCAAACUACUUUGUAAAGCAAAGAAAUACUGACUAACUAUUUAUUUGUCGACCCAGUCUUGAUGUUUUCUGAUUCUCGCACUAUUUUUACUUGUCUCUCUUAUAAAAUGCUUUAUUCAUUGCUUUGCUGUUUGCUACUGAAACUUUUAAUGUAUUAUUAUUAUUUUUUUUAAUCUAAGGGAGUGUACAGUAAUUAUGGUCAGUUCUAUACGCUGCUUUUUUGCGUCCAGAAAGUAUUACUUAAGUUGCCCAAAAAUGUAAGCACAAUUUUGCUGCCUGAUGCAAUGGUCAGGAGUAUUUGUUUCUGCUCAGAAUACUGCUUUUGUGGCAUUUUGUACCAUGUUUUAUUUAUGGAUAAAAUCACGUUGAACUGACUCAGAGUUUUUUGGUUAGCUCUGGCCAAUUUAUAACAGUGUGGAAUUUUCAAAUAAAUAAUUCUGAAAUUGCUGAAA